AUGCAAGGAGCAAAGCGUUAUGAACGAAAGUAAGUAUGACCUUUUCCGUUUUCACAAAAAAAAGUUAUUUUCAUAUUUUUGGCGCAAAUUAUCGAUAGUUGCCUGGCUCACCCCUUUUUUUCUACAUUUCUGCUAUGAGCUAAAAAAAAUCGCUGUGAGACCCUUUCCGCCCGAAUUUUCUCAAGUUUUCCUUAGUCUUCGGAUCCCUCGACCUCAUUACAUUCAAACCCGCCGGCCGCCGCCAUAAUAAUGGGUACUUGUGCUUCGCGAGAAUGAGUGUCAAAGAGUCAUCGGUUAAUCGAGUCCCCCCUUCUCGCAAUUAUGCACAUUCCUCUUCUCAUUCCAAUUUUAUGUGCACAGGGCAGCGGCACGUCCUCCUUUUCCUCAUCCGAAUAGCAAAACGUUUGCGCGACGAUGCCUAUAUUAUUCAUGCGAAAAUGUUGUAGAGCGUGAGUGGCGCCGCCCAUCAUCUUCAUCUAUCUCCAAUUUUUCCGGUCAACUGUCUUUCCGCCUUGUCUUUCUGCGUAUUUUGACACCUUUUGUGUGUGUGUUUGUAUGCCACGCGAGGAAGAAAAAGCGGAAAAAGCGAGGAGAACAAUGUGUGGUCAAGCGAAAUGGUGCUUUGUGUCCGUACGGAGUGCCCGCGGCUCAACUCGUUUUUUUUCUUUUUAGUCCUCGAGCCGAGUUUGCAACAUUUAUGGAUAAGCGCUGUAGUUUUUUCGAUGAAAAAUCACAUUUCAAUAUCGAGAAGAAAACAUCAAAAUUAUCGUAAAAACGCCAAAUUUCGCAAACGAGGAAAAAUGGGUGACGCGUUAAAAUUUGAAUUUAUGACGAGGUUCAGUGCGUAUCAUGCCAAUCGAUUAACUUUGUCAGCUCGCUUCCAUUCCGAACAUGCAUGUCAACCUCAAUCUGCCAAUCCAAGACGCGAAGGCGAAGAAGAAUUUGUAAUGAUGAAUUGAGCGGAACUCUAUUUGAAUAAUCCGGGUGGCUUUUCGAAUGCAAAUCAUUGACUCCCUCCCUCGCCCUCCACUCCCUCACUGACCAUUGUGUUCUUUCUUCAGCCGGCGAUUUUGAUUCGCGCACUCUCCUCGCAUAAGUGCAACUGGAUUUGAUUUCGAUUGGAUUUAGGGACUCGACUGCUUACUAUUAGCCGCGGAUUAAGCUCUCUGUUCUUUUGGUGUUCUUCGUCUCGUGUCAUGUGACCCCAAUGCGAGCCCUAAGUGCAUCGCUUCCGUUUCAUCACUGUUUUUUGCGACAACCGGAAAUUCGAAUAUCCGUUUGUCAGACAGGAGGCCAAAGGGAUUCGGGCUCUAUAUAAUCGCGGGAUAAAGUCGUUCAUAACAAGUUAGCCAUUUUUUGAACGGAUUAGCACGCUUGUUAAAUGAACGCUCACUUGGUGUCUGUACGUUAUUUGACCAGUUGUUCUGUGCUAACACAACUAUAUUUUAGGCCAAGCGCCAAACCUCAGGACCUUGAUUCAAGGCCCAAGAACUAGGUUUCGGUCUCUAGGCCCAUAAAAUCAAGAUUUUAAGCCCAAAGCUCGAGACCUUAAGAGCCAGGCCACGAUUUCUAGGUUCUAUGCAGGCUCUAGGCUUUGUGCUGUAGACUUUAGACCCUAUAAGCUCUAGUAUCUCAAAAGAGCUGAUUGAAGGAGAGGAAAAGAAAGGAGAAGAGAAAGUGCUCGUAAAAUUGGCUCUUUCUUCCAUACCCCUCCUCCCCCUUCAUUCUUUCUUUCUUUCUCCCUUUCUCCCUUGCAAGUAGGUAAAUUGACAGAACGCUGCCAGUAGUAGUUUCUCUUGGUUUUAGCUCAAGUUUUGCACGUAUACAUGUAAUGAAGACCCCCAUGCAUUUAUAAGAAAGAAGGAAAUGUUUAUGCCGACACUAGAAAAGUGUCUAAUUCAUUUAUAAUCCCUUCAGAGUCAGACUCCUCUGAGAAGAGAAGAACACAUGGCCAAUGAGAAUGAGAAAUGAGUGCUCGGGCGGGGGAGAAAAGGAGUAGAAGAAGAACGAGCCACUUGUUGAGAGAUGACCUAACCUUGUGACGUCCAUAGUAUACAAAGAUGCGGAAAGUGUGUGAAGUUGUUAAAAUAUGAAAGGGCACAUCUGGAGCUUGUUGUCAGCUUGUACACUUUGGAGAUCCGUACUUUCAAUCUAGAUUGCUGUUCCAUUUAUUUGGCCGUUGCCCGUAGAAAAUACACUUUGAUCUGAAAUUGAGGCCAAUUGUUCCCCAUUGUCAGUUGUCAAUACUUUCCGAGUUUCAAGCCAAAUGGAAGACUUUUGGGCCUGUCGAAUUUUAAAAUCUCAUGACUCAUUCCUUGAUUCGAUCAGCUGAUUCACGUGUGGUUCUCUCUCGGACGGCCUGGGAAUCGAAUAAUAUAAUAUCCAAAAGUCUUGUGUCCGUCGACUACAUUCUCAUGGACCCAACAUUGGUCAUUCUUGUCUCACUAGUCAAUUUGAACUCUGGCCUAGCCGCCCUUAAAGUGCAUACAGCUCCCCCUCUUUUUUUUCUUGUGCAAGCUUCACUUUGAAGUUUAAACCACUCAAUCAUCUGCCUAGCUUUGCUCCUUUUUCCCGCUCGUCAGAAGAAUCAAGGAAAUCGGAAAUCAAAUUGAGGAGGACCAUUACAACAAAAUAAAUAGUAAUGCCUCUGCCUGCCUCGGGGUCUUAGACACACACAGCCAUCCCUGUUUUUUUGCGCUCGCCCAUCCCUUCGUCUCUCUCCGCCUACGUCUCCGCUCUCUCGUUCUCUUACCUCGGCGGGUGUCUCUUCAAACGGUCACUCGAGGAACACAUGUCUUUUUCUUCUUCUUCUUCUUCUUCUUUCUUUUCUCCUUUUCCUCUCAAUCCCAAAAUGGCUGCGGUCAGAGUGUGCUCACUUGACUACUUUCUCGAGCAUUUUCCAUUUCACCUGCCUCUCUUUGAAGUUUGUCGGAUCGAAACCUGCUUGUACACACCCCCCAUCAAAUUGGAUAAUUGGUUUAUACAUGCCCGUUCGCUUUUCGCUUUACUUCACACACACAAACACUGUAAACAUUCGCCAUACUGGAGGAUCCUUGUACACAUGAACAGAAAGUGUACGAUUCGCAUUAUUUUUUCCAUUUUCCCUCACACACACACACACGUGUGCACACAAAUAGACACACUGUGUGUUUGAGCAUUGACACCCCUUCUCCAUAUACAUUGCGCACCUUGUACAACUGUCACGUCCUCAAACUGUACUGGAUUUUUUGCCGUCAACUUGUAAGCCCUGUAUCUCGAGUACCAAUAACUAUUUUGAAAAGUGAUCAACUGACAAUUUGUAGGAAAUCUUGUGCUGAACAACCUUGCAAUUGGACAUUUUAUCCCUAAAAUUGUCGUUUCUUAGUUAUACGCCGUUUUCUAAGCGAUAUGUUUUGCGGCGUACCUUUAACACAAAUCUACAGCAGGAUUUUUUGAAAAAACGCUGCGUGUAGGUUUUAGUGCUCCAUCCAAUGGUCGAACCCUCCAAGACCAAAGAGGUCCUACUAGCGAUACCUCCCGGAUCCACUAGUUGCUACUAGCAUUCUCUCUCUCUCUCUCGCUCUGCCGCUCUUCAUCUCCCCACCGUUCACGCUUGUCAGAAACGUGUCCGUUGCCAAUAAAUCUCUUCUUCUCUCUUCUUUUUCUCUCCUCGAAUAAUUGUCCUUCCGGUGUCGCUCUCUCUCUCUCUUCCACUUGACGCAUUUCACUUUUUUUUUGCCUUUUACUUACCGUGAUGAAAUUUCGGAACGAAUCGGUUCUACUACUCAAGUGAGACUGUUGCCAUUAAAGGACCAGUUUUUUUUCUGACUUGGGCACUUGUCACUUUGAAUCGAAAUCAAAAAUGUUUAGAGUAUUGUCUUCUUCAUAUUAUUUGCAACUUUCAGGGGUAACAUGCCGUCGUCAUUCAUCCGAAAACACGUGCGCGGUCUUCUGCGCACCAAGUUCGGUCCUUCAACGAGUUUGGACAAUGAGAAUCAGGUAAGACCGAACAAAUGUCUCAUUUUAUUAUUUUCCAUUCUAUCUUCUUCUUCCUCCAGUCGAUUGAUAGGGAGGUGGAAGAAGAUAAAUGAAGAGACAAAUUGAUGAAUAGACCCUUCGGGAAGGGGCCGGCCGGCCGAGGACUAAUGAUAACAGAGUCGUUAAAGUCGGAGGAGAAAUGAAUUUGGUCACGAGAGAGAGAGAGAGAGAGAGAGAAGAAGAAGGAAGCGGGGGGAUCAAAGGAAAGUUGUGAUUGGGAUGAUUGAACUGCUGGCGGCUUGAUCCUUUACAGUUGGAUCGGCUAAUUGAGAGAGUUGGGCCGGGAAACUUUUUGGCUUUCCAUCGGCUUCGAAAAUACUUCCAAAACUUUCUCAAUUUCAGGACGACGAGCCAACAACUCCACGUGGCGACACGAACGCCGUCCUCCAGCACUUUCUCGGCGGAAUCGACCUGCGACGUCACGAAUUCCCGGAGGUUUAUUUCGGAAAAACGGGCCUCGACCUGCCGGCGAUCCAAUUGGAAACCCUCGACGCGGACGUGUUCGCCUCGUACACGGGACCAGAAGGCGGACUGACGGAAGUGGGCGAGGUGCGCGGACAUCAGAUGGUCCGGAUGGCGAACAUCGACGACGAGAUGUCGUUGUCGAUCGACGGGACCACAGACGAGGAGGCCGAGGACGAGGAGGAUCUGGACGCGCCCAUCUCGAUGAGUCUGAAGAAGAGCUCGCGACACUCGCUGCUCCUCGGCUCGUGCUCUUCGAUCCUGGGACCGAAUGGGGAGCACCACGACUUUAGUGCGGGCCGUCCGUCGGCGCACGACUACGAUUGGAGCGCGUUCGACGAGCAGGGCGCCUAUGGAAUGAGCGUCUCGUUGUACGAGAAGAACCCGUUGAGCGGAGUGAAUGCCGGCGAGCCGAUCGCAGAUGUAUGGGGCGUCGUCGGGCGGAGCAACAACGGAAUUCUGGCGCUGGCGGACGGAGUCAACUGGGGAGAAGGCGCGAGAUUGGCGGCGAGGUGCGCGAUCCGCGGAGCCAUUGACCAUCUGAACGCGCGGGUGAUCAAGGACGGACUGGCGGACACGACGGAAGUUUUCCACGAGAUGCUCGCCGCGUUCCACUCGGCGCACUCGCUGAUCCUCCAGGAAGGAGGCAUGCUGACCACUCUCUGCGUGGCCCUGGUCGCGCCGGUCAAACGUGGCAACGGAUGGGCUCUGUGCGUCUGCAACGUCGGCGAUUCUCUCUGCUUCGUCUACAAUCGGCACUACGGAGUGCGUGAGGUGACCCUAGGAAGCCACGACAUUGAUCAGAUGAGAGACAUGCGGGACGCCGGCGGGGCACUCGGACCCGUCGACGGACGCAAUCCGCAACUGCACAAUCUCACGUGCUCGAUGACGUUCGUCGAGGAGGGCGACGUCGUUUUCAUCACUUCCGACGGAGUCUCCGACAAUUUCGAUCCGGUCGUCGGCAAGUUUUGUGUGAUCAAGAAGAGCGAGCACGAGAACAAGGAGAACGCGCAUCUGCCGCCCCGCGAAGAUCGGACUCUGGAUGUGUCGACGAGGGGCGGCGAGAAGAACUCGGAGUACGCGCGGAACCGCACGUGCGCCGCCUCGCUGCCGUGUGUGGAUGCGGCGAAACGGCACGAGUUGAUGUUGGUCCGGAUGCGGGAUGUGAUUGCGAACGGUUUUGGGAACGAGGUGUCGACUCCACGGGGACCGGGGUCCGAGUACCAGUACCCGCCGGUCACCGCUUCCGUCCUCUGCCACAGACUCAUUCAUUUUGCCACCCAACUAUCGACGUAAGUGAACAAACCUUCAACGCAUCUUUAAAAAACUCAAAAUUUCCUAUCUUUCAGUGCCAAGCGCCGAGUUCUGGAGAACCCGGAGCUGUACAAACGGGAGAAGAUGACCAAGGUCGAGCAGAGAGCCCGUCGGAAGAUGGUCCGCGAGAAGAUCGCCGACAUGCCGGGCAAGCUGGACCACGCCUCCGUCGUCGCCUUCCACGUUUCGCGUCGUGGAGCCGAUAAUGAAGAGCCGUCGACUCCCCCGGGCGGACUGAUACUCGCCGAACCCAUCAACUCGUCCACCUCGAUCAGCUCCUCCGAGGCCAUGGACACGGAGCCGACGGUAACGGCGACAAAGAUGGAGAACUCGACGUUCGCGCGCGUGGCUUCUGCGCAGUGCGUCGAGCAUCUCGUGGAAGAGCCGAGGGCCGCGGAGCAAGUGGAACUUGUGCUCAAAGAGCCGGUGUCGCCGAUGCGACACAAGCCCGAGCAGCUGAUUCUCCACGACUUGGUCGACAAGCCGCGCAAGGAGAAGAACAAUAACACGCCGAUGGGCAACGGGAACGGAGUGGAGCAUCGGCCAGUCAGUCCCUACGAGCAGUUGCCGGUGAGCUCGCGAGAUGCCGGAAAGCGUCGGAAGAAGCACGGAAGGGGCUCGAUGGGACGCCACACUCUGGGCGUCGAUGUGCAAUGGCUCAAGAAACUGGUGACCAAGAAGGAAGAGCAGAAGACCGUCGAGGGCAUCAGGUAUGGCCCCAGCAGUCGUCCCACUAGUUUUAUCCUUUUUUCAGAGGCGACGUGAGCCUGAGCUCUGCGAACGCGGACCGCACGACACUUCGCCAACGCAUCCGGAGCAUGCUCGGCUCCAACCGCACACUGGCCAACACGGACCAACCGCCGACGGUCAAAAUCUCAAUGCGAGCAACUAAUGUAUAG